AUGUCGCUCUCAAAUUCACCCCUCAAGAUCUUAAUCUCAGGCGCUGGCAUUGCAGGGCCAUGUCUCGCCUACUGGCUUUCGAGAACGCGUCUCAAUACCUCCAUCACAGUCGUUGAGCGCUCGCCCGUUCCCAGACCAACCGGUCAAUCGAUCGACGUUCGAGGUGCUGCUAUUAAUGUCAUCAAGGAAAUGAAGCUCGAAGAAGCUGUGCGGGCGCGCGACACGACAGAGCUGGGGACCAGAAUGCUGAACAGCAAAGGAAACCUGAUUGCAGAAUUCCGCAAGGGCGAUGCAUUUACUGCCGAUUAUGAGAUUCUGCGAGCGGAUCUGUGUGGGCUUUUCCUUGAUGCGACAGAGAAGCUCGAGAACGUCAAAUACGUAUAUGGCGACUACGUCACGAACGUGGAACAGACGGCUGAGAGCGCUGCCGUGACCUUCGACUCCGGGAAAGAAGAAACAUUCGACCUGAUUGUGGGCGCCGACGGCUCAACAUCGAAGAUCCGCUCGAUGAUCUUAGACAAAACAGCCCUAGAGGGCAGCUACAACUUCAUCGGUCAGUACAUUGCGUACUUCAGCAUCCCAAGCCGGCCCACGGACACCAAGUAUUGGAACUGGUAUACCACCACCAAUGGCCUCGCGCUCAUGACACGACCACACAGGAACCCUUCGACCAUUGGCGUGUACAUGUGUAUCACCAAGCCGGCGCGUGGCAUCCGUGAUCCAGUCGUAGAGGAAGCCAUGGAUGAUGGGCCGAGAGCGCAAAAGCGCGUCUUGCGCGAGUACUUUGAGGGCUGUGGAUGGGAAGCCGAGCACUUCUACAUGUCCCGCGCCGCACAAGUCAAGCUGCCCAUCUGGCACGUCGGACGCGCCGUCCUACUCGGCGACGCAGCAUUUGCCACAUUCGGAAUCGGAACCUCGCUCGCAAUCACGAGUGCAUAUUACUUGGCGGGCGAGUUAUCAAAGAUAGCGAGCAGCGCGGAGGUUCCGGGAGCUUUAGACGAUUACGAGGCGGUUUUUCGAAAGAUAUACAGCAAAAACGAAGACCUGCCGCCAGGGUUCCCCCAGAUUGCCUUUCCGCAGACAGGCUGGGGCAUGAAGUUGCGAGACUUAUCCUUGUGGUUGGCUAGUAAAACGAAGCUGUACAAGUUGUUGCCGGACGAUGAUAAGGCAGAGGAAGCAAAGCUGGCUGAAUAUGACUGGAAAACUCUUUGA